AUGCUUCCGCCAAUGCCGCCUAUGCAUCAGUCACUGCAACAACCUGUAGUUCAACAGUCCAUUGAUCAAAAUGACUUUCAAACCCAUGGGUAUCCUCAGCCAACGCCUAAGCCAACGUCUCCAGCCAAUGGCUUAAAUUCAAAUGGUCAAUCAUAUUUCUCACAGCCAUAUGGUUAUUACUCUGGCCAUGAUGAUCCAUCCUUGACCAAUCGGUUUGGAUCCAUAAGUAUAAAUCAGGCACAGGAGUCCACUUAUUCAUCGUCUGGUUACACAGCUCCUUUGCAACCACCGACGGGAACUUAUACUCAGCCUCAUAUGGCUGCCUACGGUAGUAAUUAUCCACCAGUUCCACCCACUUCUCUCACUCAAUCCCCACAAGUGCCCCCCACGCCACCUGCUUCACAGGCUCCUCUUCAUUCCCAAUAUCCCCAACAUCCAAUUCAGCAAUUGCCGCCCUAUCCUGGCCAGCAAACAAUGCCACCUUUAUCAUAUCAGGGUGGAUUUCCACCAGUAGGUAUGAUGCCCCCUGCACCUCAGGGUCCGCAAUCAAUGAUGCAGAAAACUCAGUCCGUUCGUGCAAUGGCUGAUGGAAUGCCUAAUGCUAUCGAGGUGAUUGAAAAUGAUAAGGCCACGCGUGGAAGCGAUUCAGGUUUCACUUUUCAGCCAAGUGCCAUUGGUGUCGCACCGCCUCUAUCAACUACUGACUUUGUUUGUCGCGAAGAAAGUGCUGGAGGCAAUUGCAAUCCCCGUUUCGUCAGAUCUUCUCUCUAUGCUGUUCCAACCUCAUCAGAUCUUCAAAAACAAAUAAGUUUACCUUUCGUACUCUCAAUUCAACCAUUCGCUCCUAUUCAUUCUCUUGACCAGCCUGUUAUGCUUACAGACAUGGGACCCCAGGGUCCAGUGCGUUGCGUUCGUUGCAAGGCUUAUGUAUGUCCCUUCUUUGUGUUCAUUGAUGGUGGAAGACGCUUCCAAUGUAGUCUAUGUGGUGCAUCUACAGAGGUUCCACAAGAAUACUUCGCCCAUUUGGAUCACACUGGGCGUCGUAUUGACGCGCUCCAACGACCCGAAUUAUGUUUAGGCUCCUAUGAAAUUGUUGCAACCGCUGAAUACUGCAAGAAUAAUACGCCACCCCUACCACCGGCUUAUAUCUUUCUGCUAGAUGUAUCUUCUACAUCAGUUAGAUCUGGUCUGGUCAAUCUCUUUUGUUCACGCUUCAUCACCGAUAUCCUUCCUCAUUUGCCUAAAGAUAAACAAGACUUAGCUACAGGAGCGACUAAUCAAGAUAGUCCUUCACCGAUUGCUGUUGGUUUCAUCACUUAUGAUAGUCAACUUCACUUCUACAAUGUUGUUAGAGCUCGUCCACAAACAGAUGGUUCUGAAUCAAGUUCCUACAAGGCACAUAUGAGUGUGGUUGCUGAUACAGCUGACGUAUUUAUCCCCUCACUUGAAGGCUUUUUGGUUAAUGCCGAUUCAGCUACUCUCACAUAUCUACUAAGCACAAUUCCUGGACAGUUCGCACAAAUGCAAAAUCUUGCUCCUUCUUCUCAAAAUCCUGUAGCAUCAGAACCUGUUCUAGCACCUGCCAUUAGAGCAGGUUUAGAGGCUUUGAAGUCAGCAAACCGUUGCGGAAAACUCUUUGUUAUGCAUACCUCCCUUCCGACUGGAGAUGCCCCCGGGAAACUUCUAUUUCGCGAGGAUAGACAUUUGAUUGGAACAGAUAGAGAGAAGGCUUUGAUCCAACCGGCUAAUGACUACUACACCAAGUUGGGGAAAGAAUGUGUUGAGGCAGGGGCAAGUGUCGAUCUCUUUCUUUUCCCCAAUUCAUUUAUCGAUGUGGCUACAAUCAGCGAAGUUCCCAAGUACUCUUCAGGAAACCUCUACAAAUAUACAUACUUCCAAGCUGAUAUACAAGGGGACCAAUUCAUUGCUGAUCUGAAGAAGGCUGUUUCGCAACCAGAGGCGUUCAAUGCGGUAAUGCGUGUACGCACCAGCACUGGAACUCGGCCUUUUGAAACCCUUGGCAAUGCUAACUUGCCCAAUACGACUGACGUAGAAUUCGCCGCAAUAGAUGCUAACCAAACCGUUGCUUGUGAUGUCAAAUAUGAUGAUAAGCUGUCGGACAAUGACCUUGUUUUCAUUCAGGUUGCAGUGUUGUACACCUCAGUUGGAGGUCACAGACGCCUGCGUAUUCACAAUCUCUCCUUGACAACAUCCUCAAAUCCGACAGACAUUUUCCGUCUUGCCGACUUGGAUACCCUUCUUGUCUGGCAAGCACGUCUAGCUGUGCAACGAGCUCCUGUGGCUAAGAACAACCAAGUGAUUCUAGCCGAAGCCACAGCUUCAGUGGCUAAUGUUCUCGCUAGCUACAGACGUCUCUGCAAUAGUUCUGUUCCUGGUGCAAGCCCUGGAGAGUUGGUUCUGCCUGAGAGCAUUAAACUUCUUCCUUUGUAUGUUCAGUGUCUGGCUAAAACAGAUGCUAUCCGAUCCGCUAAGAAUUCAACCAUUGAUGAUCGUGCCUACCUUUUAUUCCUUCUCAAUUCGAUGAGCCCUAAGGAGACUAACAACUUCGUAUAUCCUCGCGUUUUCCCACUUCAUGAGAUAAAUCCGGAGACAGCGGGAAGCAAGCUCCCAACACCCAUUCGUUGCUCCUACGAGCGUCUUGAUCCAACUGGUGUCUAUUUUGUCCAAAAUGGUGUUCAUGCUUUCAUUUGGUGUGGUCUCCAGGUCAAUCCAGUAUUCAUACAGCAAGUUUUUGGAGUCACAGAUAUCCAUGUUCUUGAACCUGAAAAGGCUACUUUGAAUGAGCUAGAUAACCCUCUCUCGAAGUGUAUCUACCGGCUUGUUAACUCCGUGAUCUCUCAAUUCACUCAUGUCCCUCGACUACGUGUGAUUAGGCAAAAUGAUCUUCCAGAGACUUGGAUUCGACGCAUGAUGUGUGAGGAUCGUGAUGAUAAUGGAAAUGCUACCUACGUGGAGUACCUUUGUCAUGUUCACAAGGAAGUUCGAUCCCUCUUGAAAUAA